AUGACGCCCGAACUUCCGCAGCUAUCUGCUCAAUUUACACAGGCCAUCGAGCUUAUUGACCAGGCACAUGCGCAAGAUACACGCGAGGCUAAGAACGCCGGUGACGAGAAAGUUCCUUAUGAGCUACAUUACGCCAAGAAAAUGACCUCAUGGUUAGCGAUUCGCUGUCCAGAGGCAUCCCCCGUUUUGCAGGUCGCAUGUCGCGCGCAACACUUCAGGCGUUGGGAGACCCCGCGAAACUCGUUCCCAAUGACCCGACCCGGGUACCUGACCUGGCGUGCAAAGCAAAAGUCACAGGCUGCCUCUCAAGUAGCAGACUUGCUCAGCACAUCUGAAAUACGACCUGCAAUUCCACAAGAAGACUGCGCUCGGGUCGCGGCACUCAUCCGCAAAGAGAAGCUCGACUCGGACCCCGAAGCACAGGCGCUCGAGGACGUUGCCUGCCUCGUCUUUCUGGACGACCAGUUUGACGACUUCGAGAAGCGCCACGACGUUGACGAAGAGAAAAUUGUCAACAUACUGAAGAAGACCUGGGGCAAAAUGAGCCCGCGAGGCAGGGAAAUUGCGCUUGGAAUGAACUUGAGUGAUAAGGCUAAGACCUUGAUUGGAAAGGCACUGGCGAGCGCGGAAGGCUCUUGA